UUAUCAUAUAUGUAUGUAUGUAUAUUUUACUAUAUUUUGUUCAGCAAUGGAGAAUGACAGAGACUUUAAAAUGUGUGGAACAUGGCGGCAUGGCAACGCAUCCCGAAAUCUCAAAUCUGAUUUGAAAGCAGGCUGUAAGGAAAUUGAGAUUUCAGCCAAUGAGAGUACGCUCUCAAUUCAGGGGAGUAUCACAGCCAAGUGCACGCGAUCUUCAUCCAUUCCUCUAGAAUCAAACCCUCUUCAAAAUCAAAGUCAUUUCUGUGUGUUCUGGGAGCCGCUGCUGGACCUGAUGAUAGUGGAGGUGAAUGGAAAGAAAUACACUCUGUGUGAAUCACAUGGCCUUCAAGGAACCUGCUGCACUGACCUCUCACUUGAGGAUCAAAAAACUGCCACUCUGUAUGGUAUCGAGAAUGGCAGCAUCCACGGCGAUACCAUCAGCUAUAAUGUCAUGGAACUAUAUAGAUUUCGAGGAGAUACAAUCAACUGCAAGGAGAAAUUCUGUGAUGAGGCAAGUCAGAAGCGCAGUGGAGCAAACAUGAUAGAGGAAGUAGUGAUGAAAUCCAAUAAAACAGGUCGUGUGGAUCUACCUUGUGCUCAGAGCACAAUCAUUGAGAUUAAAGAAGGUUUCACAGGACUCAAUUUCACUCUGCCAGCUCCUCGAACCGUUGCACCAAACAUGACACCCACCGUUUAUCUUCCCUCCUGUCUGAAAUCCCAAUCAAGGAUCACAUCCAAAGUGGUGUGUACUUACUACAAAGACAAAUCAUUAUUUCAGAGGGGAUCAUCUGAUGCAGUUCUUCUGGAUGACAUAGUUGGACUCUCUGUGGAGAACGAGAUCAUCAAAAACCUCCCAGAACCUGUCAGAAUCAGGUUUCAUCACUCUGCUCUCCCACCUAACCUUUCUAGAAGAUGUGUUUCAUGGGACACAAGACGAGAUAAUGAAGUGAAAUGGAGAUACGACGGCUGUGAGACUGUUAAAAUCCACGACACAGAGACAGAAUGUUGCUGUAAUCAUCUCAGAUACUUUGCCAUUCUCGUGCAAGUGGAACAGAAGGCUACAGUUCGCCAUCUAGAGGCUCUUACGUUCAUCACUGCUGUGGGCUGUGCCGUGUCCUUAGUUAGCUGUUUGGUUCUCUUCUAUUGGCUCUGUAAACGCAGAAAAGGGAAAGACCAGUCCUUACUGGUGCAUCGUGGUCUGGUGGUGGCAACAUUUUUUCUUUGCCUGUGCUUUAGUCUUACCAGCACACUGGCAAAUACUGAAAAUGAAACCGUUUGUAAGAUAACAGGAACGCUUUUGCACUAUUCUCUGCUCAGCACCCUCUGUUGGAUGAUUGUGGAAAUGUUUCACACAUUCUUUUUAGUUUGCUGUGCAUCAAGCUCAAAUCUUCCUUCAUGGGUUUUUUAUUUGUCAGGCUUUGGUAUCCCAGCUCUACUAGUUUGUAGAUUGCUUUCUAUAGGUGAUUUUUAUGGCUUAAGGAAGAUUAUGCUAAGUGAAGAUGUCACCAGUCUAUAUUUUAUGUGCUGGAUGUUGGAUUCUGACAAUAGCAGAUUGGCUCAUUACAUCAUUAUUAUUGGCUUACUGUCAGUUGUGGUGAGCUCUGGUAUAGUCAUGCUUUUCUUUGUGGCUACAAAGAUACGUAACCGACCUGAGUGGAGGAAGAACCGCAUGGUUUUUUUCAGUAUCUGGGGUCUCACUUGUCUGUUUGGCACAACGUGGGGCCUGGGUCUCUUCAGUUUUGGCCCUCUUUCAGAGGCCAGAUUCUGCCUGUUCUGCAUAAUCAAUUCCUGCUUUGGAGUUUUUCAUAUGCUGCGAUACUAUGCCCUUGAACAGAUGAAAAAGAGAUGUGAAUUGAGUUUGGAUGGGGGCAGUGGAGGUUCUGUUAUGUUACAGUGCAGAGAUGAGGAAAGCGUUUUAUAAGUGAGUGUUUUUAUUAAAGGGGCGUAUAUUAAAAUAAAUAAAUAAAUCAAAGUUUGGUGUACUGCUUGGUCUGCUCUCAUCCUGUAGGUCAUAAUAUUGAAUGUUUCUCAGAUGACAUAUUGUUUCAUAACACCGUUUAGAGAAUCAAACACAAAUGCUUCAUGUUAUAUGCUGUAUUCCUUUCAUUUUAUUCUUUGUAUGAAUGUAAUAGUUUAACAUUAUGAAGCAAGCCUUGUUUUUCAGCAAUAUUUUUGUGCAAAUCUGCUGUAUGCAGUCUUUAAGUUUAUGUAUUUGGAGACAUGCUUUUUGAAUUUACAGUAAUUAAAAACUUUCAAACGUU